ACACGGAGCAUAUGAAAUGAUAAGGCAGUUUCUGUUUUAUUUCUACGUUGACUGACUUUGAGAAACUUAAUUAUUCAGCAUUGCAUCCAUUCUCACUCUUUCUUUAAUCACUCACUCUUCUUUAUAUUUUUAUCACUUUCUUUUAGUUUUCUGAGACUCAACACUCCCAACAUUCAUACAACUUUCUAUCCUUCUUUCUUAUCAUGCCUCUGCAAUCUUCCUUCUCCUCCUUUUCCACCCAUUCUUCUUCUUCUUCUUCCUUCGACUAUGCAUGGGAAUAUGAUGUGUUUAUUAGUUUCAGAGGCGAAGAUACUCGCUAUGGUUUCACUGGCAACCUCUACAAAGCUCUUUCUGAUAAAGGAGUCCAUACCUUCAUUGAUGAUGAGGAGCUUCAAAGAGGAGACGAAAUCACACCCUCACUUCUCAAGGCAAUUGAAGAGUCCAGGAUUGCCAUCAUUGUCCUCUCUCCUAACUAUGCUUCUUCUUCUUUUUGCUUAGACGAGCUUGUCCACAUCCUUCACUGCAUCAAGGGAAAUGAUCGCCUGGUUUUACCGGUUUUCUAUGAGGCUGAUCCUUCUGAUGUGCGCCAUCAAAGAAAUAGUUUCGGAGAAGCAAUGGCCAAGCAUGAAGAGAAAUUCAAGAGUGACUUGAACAAGGUGCACAAAUGGAAGCAGGCUCUGCAUCAAGUUGCUAAUUUGUCAGGAUAUCAUUUCAAACACGGGGAUGGAUAUGAACAUAAGUUUAUCAGAAAUAUUGUGGAAGAAAUUUCAAGAAAGAUUAGACGUUCACAGUUAUUUGUUGCUCGUUUUCCUGUUGGACUAGAUUCACUAGAUUCUCGAGUGUCAAAAGUAAUUUCACUUUUGAGAAUGAAUUCUAGUGAUCAAGUUCACAUGGUAGGGAUUCAUGGAGUUGGUGGAAUAGGAAAAACAGCACUUGCUUGUGCUGUUCAUAAUUUGAUUGUUGACCAUUUUGACGGUACGUGCUUUCUUGCAAAUGUGAGAGAAAACUCAAAGAGACAUGGCUUGGCUUAUCUUCAAAAUAUCCUUCUCUCUGAGAUAUUAGGAAAGGAGGAAAUUAAGAUAGUCAGUGUUCAACAAGGAACUACUCAAAUUCAACGAAGACUAUGUCAAAAAAAAGUUCUUUUGAUUUUAGAUGACGUUGAUGAUCACAAGCAACUACAAGCUAUGGCUGGAAAACCUAACUGGUUUGGUCUUGGAAGCAGAGUUAUCAUUACAACACGGGACACACAUUUGCUAAAAUAUCAUGGUGUUGAAAACACACAUGAGGUAGAGGGAUUAAAUGAGGCAGAGUCUUCUCAAUUGCUUGUUAAACAUGCAUUUAAAAAUGGUUAUGUUAGCAGCCCAAGUUAUGCAGAUGUUUUGACCCGUACAAUAACUUAUGCUUCUGGUCUUCCAUUGGCUUUGGAAGUAAUAGGUAGUCACUUGUGUGGAAAAAAAGUAGAAGAAUGGGAAUCUGCAUUGAAUAAAUUUGAAAGACAUCUUGAUGAUAAAAUACAUGAGAUAUUUCAAGUAAGUUUUGAUGCUUUGGGAAAAGAAGAGCAGAGUGUUUUUCUUGAUAUUGCCUGUUGUUUUAAAGGAUAUAAAAUAGAGGAACUUACAAAUAUACUUCAAGCUCAUUAUGGAAGUUGCAUGAAAUAUCAUAUUGGAGUAUUGGUUGAAAAAUCUCUCAUGAAGAUCAAUCGGGAUGAUAACAAUGUGACAAUGCAUGAUUUGAUAGAGAACAUGGGCAAAGAAAUUGCACUAAAAGAAUCACCAGAAAUGCCUGGAAAGCGUGGUAGGUUAUGGUUCUACGAAGAUAUAGUUAAAGUUUUACAAGAUAAUCUAGUAAGUAAUAAAUUUCUCUAACAACUUUGUUGAAAGUCCUUAUUUAUGCAUUUGUACCUUUAUUAAUUCAUGCUUUUAAUUUUGUGUUGAAAGGGCACUAGCACCAUUGAAAUCAUAUAUUUGGAAUUUCCCUUAUUGGAAAGGGAAGGAGAUGAAGAUUCAUUUGAAAAAGAGGAAAAUAAAGAUGUUGAAGUAAAAUGGGACGGAACA